CUGAAAACCCCUAAACAAGGAUUGUUAGAAGUUUCUCGCGCAAUCCGGCAUCCGGCGGCAGCACUCACUUCACGUGUAUAAAUCUGGAAGGCGCCCGUUGCAUAACUUUCGCACCGAAAGGGGAACGCAUCUUCAGAUUCAUCUUGCGUGACGGAAACCGGAGAAAAGGCUCCGGCCAUUUUCCCCGGCACGGUGCAGGUGCACUGGCGUUAUCAUUUUAAUUACACUCUUGCGAACUAACAUUGAAUUUAAUUUCCGCCCCAAACAUUUACCAGGGAGUUGAAAGUUUGGCACUCAGCGCAAUUAGUUUUGUGCUCCCGUUUUAUUUUCUUUUUUCGGCAAUUGUUAGUUGCUUGUAUCCAACAUACGGCUGCAAGAAAAGAAAAAUCGUUGAUGUAAAUGUUGCUUCCUUUUUCUUUUUUUGUCUGCCAUCACCAUACUUACCUGUCCACGAUGUACUGCUUUAUUCAUGUAUCUAACCACAAACAUUUGAGGACACAUUGCAGGAGCUCCUGUACAUCUACAGCAACUAUUCUUACUACCCACGGCGCAGUAGUUUUCUAGUGUAUGUGUUGCAUUAAACUACCUUCCCUACUGGUCACACAGUCGUUCCUUUUUACCUGUUCCAUCUGUUCCACCUGUUCCUUACGAAGUCGUCCAUCCAUCAACGUAUCGCUAGCACUUUCCAGCAGUACAAACAGUAUAUUUGUAUAUUUUCAUAAAUCGCUCUAAACCGCCACGACGGUCGAGUGCUUCUCGGAAUGCCCUGUUGUGCAUCAUAAAUAUAGGGUUGGGAAGUACUUUCGGUUUUCCAUAAAGAAACACCUCGGCCGGCACUGCAUCCCUGCAUGGCUGGCCAGGCUUAGACGAUGUCAUCACCGAUUCCAUUCAUCCGCUUUCCGAAAGCGUUGACAAGAUGGGUAACGCUCACCCAGCCUUGUGCCGAGCUGAGAAGCAGGUUCCUCCCUUACCCCAGUGGAGCCGUCAUACAUCGAGCACAAUAAAUCACGACGUCAGGACGUCGUUUGAUGUGUUGAGCUGGAUUGUAAACACUAGGCACCUGCACCGACACACUGGAUUGUCGUAUUGUCCCGGGGCCCGCACGUUGCAUCUUCUUCAGCUAACGAACGAUAUGCUCAAAACAUAACGCCAACACCAACAAACAACAGCGACACCAGAUGUGCUCUAUUGCGAAAGCCCUUUCAUGAGCCUGGUCCAUGUUGCUCUCCAGCGCUGGUAUGAUUCUUACACGAACACAAACAACGACGGUACGAUACGAGUUACCUAUCAGAGCCGUUAUAUCGAGCCAGCUUAUAAAGAGGGAUCCUCCCAAUGUUCUAAUAUUUCUCUCGCCCGAUUGCCUUUCAAGCCGCUUUCAAACUGGUAUCGUAUCGAUUUUAAACAUACAGUUCAAUUUGAUCUCACCGCGCUAUUCGGGUUAGUGUAAGAAGGAUCCUAUCACGCUGCAUGCGUAUCAGUAUAUCAGAGGCCGGGGCUCAAUUUUGUGGCGGCCUCCAAGUAUUCCACGGAUGGUGGCGGUUGGCGAAGGGUAGGAAAUACCGAAAAUGAAUCGAUGUCUACCGGUAACGAUAAUUACUAAUUCUACUCGCUGUUUGUACAGCAUAAUUUCGAUGUGAUUGAUGAUAAAUAUCUAAUUAUCCGAUGUGCCUCGUACAUAGUUCUGCUGUUUGCUCGCACUUUGUCAGCGUGCAAAAGGGGAGGGCGGUCAGUACACCUUUGCUAUAAACCGAGGGAACCAUACCUUGGGAAACGAAACGAUGAAAUGUGUGAGUGUGGCUGUUUGAAAAUUAAAUGGCAAUGCACAAGUGAAAGCUUAAUUUGAACUAUGAAUCAUACACAUACUCUAAUUACAUUAGAUUUACCAGCAGGGUACUCGAAAGCAAUGCCCAUUUCCGUAGUAGUUCUGCGAAAAACAACAUUUUCUGUUAGGAAAAUAGGUUCGAAAAUCACUCUCUCUCGGUAGAAAGAUCGAUUGCAACACGCCACUUGCUAAUGAUGAUCUAUCGUCAUUAUAUUUUGAUGAAUGGAAAACGUGUCCGUAAUUUGGUUUUAGCAAAGACCAGCAAAGUUUACCUUAUCAGUACGUUUAUUCACAUCUUCAAAUCGAAUAAAUAGUUCGGAACUUUUCCACUAGAUGGAGGUGUUUUUUCACCGCAAGGCAAUCCCUAUUUAUGCAUUUUAUGCUUUGUGAAUUUGUAAGCGUUGUUAAUAUCGUAUGAUAAAAAUUAGCUUAAUUUCAAAUCGAUAACAAAUGAGUAAAUUUUUUUGCAGUCAUUUUAAAUACGUAUUUUAAAUUAAAACAAGCGAGAUAUAUAGAAAAUAACUAAAGAACAUUGUUAUCCAAAUGGAAGAAACCGGUUCGCAGUGGAAACAGAUAAGCAGGGAUGUCAAACAUAUAAAAGCACUAUGCAGUAUUUUUUUUAAUUUUGCAUUCUAAGCAAGCAUGAACUGCAAGGAAAUAAUGUUUACAAUUAAUGUUUUAAACAAAUCAAUCGUAUCGUAUCAAAUGAGCCAAAACUGUUGUAAAUAUUUCAAUCAAAAAUGCACCAAAAACUGCAUAUGCACCACAACGAACAUGCCAGAGUUUGACAACGGCGAAACGUUCCAUCUUUGGCGUCCCAACGCAGCAGUGCAGCAUCAUUCCUUCAUUUGGGAGGUACAUCACUUAUAUUUGUCACUCUAUCGCGUAUGUUGAAAAAUUUGUGUGCCCUAGCGCCUAGUGAUUUUUCCCCCUUAAUUAGAAAACUAGAAAACAACACCAACAGGCUAUUUGUAACGUUCCCAAAUAGUGAGUGCAUGUGUGCAAAAAAGUUGGAGUACAGAAUGGAUCGUAUCGUGCGGAUACAUAACACGCAGAGCGUUUCCAAAAUGUUCGCCGCCCUGCAAACGAUGAGGGUGGAAGAAUAUCUUGUGGACGUUUCAAUCAAAUGCGAGAAGCGAACAAUACGUGCCCACAAGUUGGUGCUAUCGUUGGGCAGUAGGUUUUUUAAAAACACCUUUCGAGAUCGUAUCGCCGACCAGGUUACGAUAGUGCUGGACAACAUAUUGUACGAAGAUAUGGUCGCCAUCGUUGAUAUGAUAUAUACGGGCAUAGCAAGGGUAAAGCUUUCCCAGCUUAAAACACUUUUAGCAGCGGCAGAAUCUCUGGAAGUGAAAGGAUUUAACGAUUUGCGACAGUUCCUUACGGAUGAUGGGUUUGAUUUCGAACGGUUCGAGGCCAUCUCUAAAAUUAAUUCAUCCAACGUUGCAGCUGAAUCGCAGUACCAGCAACAGCCAGAACUUCAUACGCCUACAAUCAACGAGUCCGUCCCAACGCAGCCCUAUCAAUCCAAAGCAAAUCAAAUAUCAUCGACGGUCAAUGAUGAUCGCGUGGUGCAAAUCAAUGCACAGCAGAUGGCCAGCUACCCCAGAAGCGCUUCAGCAAAUCUUCCAUCAGUUCCAAAUUUGUUGUACUACACCAAUGAAGCAAACCCACCAAGAUGCGCAUCCGUGUUUGUCAGUAAUGAAGCGACACCAUUACCGUCUAACUCUGGCAACACUUUCACUGCAACUGGUUCUUCGAUCAAUAUAGAAUCAUCGUUGAAUGAAACGCCAAAAAUUCAGGCAUCUUCCACGAUCAAUGCUACUGUUAGAAAUGAUAAUGACAACAUCGUAUAUUACCCACAAAACAAUCCACCGUUUACACAAGCACUGGUAACCUUCAUCGAUCCCAAUCAAGGGCAGGUAUUCAUCAACAGUGCUCCACCUUUGUACAAUUAUUCGAUGAAUCCACAAACUAUUCUGCAACCGGCUUUCCAUGCUGCAACCGAACCGACAAACAGCAAUACUGCUCCGGGAUCUUCAAAUGUUCGACCGACCGAGUCACGGCCCAAACGCGAUUUGAUGUCGAAUACCGCUCAACGACACGAUGUGGCUGAUGUGGUGGUCAUUGAUGAUGAUAUCGAGUGUAUAAGUUAUGUCUGUGGCGACGAUAGUAAUGAAACUGUUUGAUAGAACCACAUAGUACCUGGCACAUAGUAUUAACUUUUAUUUUUCUCUUAACAUUUUGGAGCACGUAUGCAUUGUAUCGAUUUAACACAACCAUAAUUAACAGAAUGCUGUACUCUUUAUAUGUAUUUAUCACUAAUAUUGAAUAAAUUAAGGUUGUUAACAACACACCACUGCACAUACGUAUUUUCAGUAUUACACACAAUUUCAUAAUCAGAAGAAGAAAUUCAUAAUUAUCUUUUCGAGCUAGUAAACACAGUGCUUUGGAACUAUGUCAUGUAGCUAGGCAAUAAUAUAAUAUACAAAUUAAUUAAAAAUGCCUCAUCAACGCCUCGAAGACGGGCCUUGAAGCAGAGUGCCAUCGAGCAUAAUCUGAAAACAAAUAUCUUUCGGGAUGAUUUUCAAGAUUUGACGAAUAACAUACCUAAAUUGGUGUAAAUCCUUUUCUUCUAAUUUUAGAAAUUUAAAUUAAUUGUUAAACAUAAAAAACACUUCUUCCACAAGAAAUGCUUGCUGAACGACAUGCAAAAUCUGGCGAGACAAACCUUAAACAGCUACACCGAAGGAAAUUUUAUGAUCGUUAAACCUAUUUCAUCUGCCAAUUUUUAUAAACCCUCGACCGUGAGCGGCACACCAAGGUUGCAAAAGGCGCCGGAACGUUGGUAUUUAUUGCAUGGCCCCUCGGUAGAUCAUAAAAUCUUGUCAUAACAUGAAGCCGCGCCGCGUUGACGAGUGGUUAGCCUCGGAUCGUGUUGUGUGCACCGCCCGAAUGAUCGAUUUCAUGUUGUUUCGUUUUAAAAAGAUUCAUUUUUUUAUGUUUAUUUUCUAACCUUGAAAAGCCGAAAAGGGUUUUGAUCUUUUUGAUAGUUCCAGCCGAAUUCAAAAUUGGUUUCGCAUGCAUUCCAUCCCAAUAGUAAAAACUAUCGCCUAAUCUUUGCAAAGCUUCAAUUCAUGAAGUGAAGCAAUUCUGGUGUCGGUAAUGAAAUUAAAAGAAAAUAAUUUUGAGAUCCUAUAACUGCGUAGUUCAGGAGCACGGAAUUGAUCAAAAUGUUUGUUAAUUUUUUUUUCUUGUAGAUGUAUUUUUUUGUUUGUUUAGGCAAUAGGUUAGGCAAUAAGUAAUUUCAGUAUUCUUCGUACGUUUUGUGUAUUUUUAUUUAUUCUCUCUUUAUGUAAAUUUAUUUUUAAGAGCGGCCCGGUAUGUGAUAAACGGCGCCGGUUCCACACGACAGGACCGGGCAUCAAAUUACCAUCCGGACCGUCCCUUCGUAGCAAGGACUGACUAAAUCUCUAUAGGUCUUGAUAUGGCCUGACCGUUCUAAAAUGGAAAAAAAAAUCAUAAAUGUAUUUUGAUUUUAUUGGAUUAGUACAUGGAGCUGAUGAUUAACUAUCCAACUACGUGUAAAUCAGGGAUGAGCAACUUUUUAGAGCUUCUGGCCUCAUUCAAAAUCAGAAACUGGUUGCUGAUGCCUGGUGUAAAUAGAUAAGCUAUGCUCCAUAAAAAGCAACAUAACAAGAUGUGAGAAUGGGUGAAUUAAUUUGUGUUCCGCUAAUAUAUUUUUCGAAUGCCCAAAUUCAUCACAAAGCGAAUGUAUAAAUUAGCCCUACACAACACAUCAAUCAUAAAACACGUUCAAUAAGCUAUCAAACGAGCUUAUAUGUAUGUUCGUUAGAACGGUAGAGCGUCGGCAAAUCCAAGACUUUCCACCCAAUUUAAUAGCCAGAUUUUAAAUUCCGAGGAUAUUAACAUACACGACAACCCGCACCUCAAGAACUCAGUGCCGAAAAAAAACAAUCUACAGUAAAAUAAUUGACUCUCACAACAAUGCCAUUGUAAGCGUAUUCUUUAACAAAGCUAUUGUCUACACAUACACGCAUAAGCGCAUUGGAACUGUUCCAUGUUUUCAUUUUUCACCCCCUAAAUCCUUUCGCAACGAAUGGAGCGCCGAACUCGAAGCUGGAACUGUACUACAUCGUCUCCUGUAAACCGGUUUUGCUACACAUCCACACAGUGACGAUGAUGUGAGGAGUUUUAACAGUCAAACAACCUUUUACGCAUUACAACGGUCGCGCGAGAACCCACCGUGUAUGGUUGACGCAUGGUUAGGCAUACGAAAAAAAAUCCCUCAAAAUCAUCCAG